UUCCUCUCACCCGCGCGGAGAAGCCAUGAAGGACGAGCUACGUUCCCGCCUAGAAACUCUGGCUUUGAGGAAGCAGCUCAUCGGAUCCUCCUGCAGGCUUUUUUUCCCAGAAGACCCAGUGAAAAUUACCAGAGCAAAGGGCCAGUAUAUGUAUGAUGAAAAUGGAAAUGAGUACCUUGAUUGUAUAAACAACGUUGCUCACGUGGGUCACUGCCAUCCUGAGGUAAUUCAUGCAGCACAUCAACAAAACCAGGUGUUAAAUACAAACUCUCGGUACCUACAUGACAACUUGGUAGAUUACGCACAAAGGCUUUCUAAUACAUUGCCUGAAAAGCUGUGCACUUUCUAUUUUUUGAAUUCAGGAUCAGAAGCCAACGAUCUUGCCCUGAGACUGGCCCGGCAGUACACAAAGCAUGAGGAUAUUAUUGUUAUGGAUCAUGCCUAUCAUGGACAUCUGACAUCUUUGAUUGAUAUAAGUCCAUAUAAAUUCAGAAAUCUAGAAGGCCAAAAGGAAUGGGUCCAUGUGGUUCCUCUUCCUGAUAUAUAUCGAGGAUUGUUUAGAGAAGAUCACAAGGAUCCAGCCUCAGCUUAUGCCAGUGAAGUGAAAAAAAUAAUUGAUCAAGGACACCAAAAAAGCAGGAAGUUUGCUGCAUUUUUUGCUGAAUCGUUACCAAGUGUUGCUGGACAAAUCAUUCCACCACCAGGUUAUUUCCAGAAGGUGACAGAGCACAUACAUAAGGCAGGAGGUGUGUUCAUUGCUGAUGAAAUUCAAGUUGGCUUUGGGAGAGUUGGUAAACAUUUUUGGGCAUUUCAACUUGAGGAAGAUUUUAUCCCCGAUAUUGUCACUAUGGGAAAACCAAUUGGCAACGGACAUCCUCUCUCAUGUGUAGUAACAACUAAGGACAUUGCAGAGGCAUUUUCAGCAACAGGAGUGGAAUACUUUAACACGUUUGGAGGAAAUCCUGUGUCCUGUGCAAUCGGGAUAGCAGUUUUGGAAGUCAUUGAAAAACAGCAGCUUCAAGCCCAUGCUCUUCAAGUGGGAAGCUUCCUCAUGGAACUACUCCAUCAACAAAAAGAAAAACAUCCUCUAAUUGGUGAUGUCAGGGGUGCUGGAUUGUUCAUUGGAGUAGAUUUGGUACAAGACCAAACAGAAAGAUCACCUGCUACCAAAGAAGCUGAGCUUAUAACAAGAAGGUUGAAAGAAGAAUUCAUUAUGCUGAGCACUGAUGGCCCGGGAAGGAAUGUGCUUAAAUUAAAGCCUCCACUGUGUUUUAAUAAAAAAGAUGCACAGCUUGUUGUUGACAAGCUUGAUAAGAUAUUAACAGAAUUAGAGAUGGGAAACACCUAGACCCAUUCAGUUCCUUCACUUCAAAUGAUAAAAGAUGCUGAGUUCUUCUAUGUGUAACUAUCAAAUCAACACUGUUCAAUAUUACGUGCAUGUUAUGUUUUGCUAAAAACAAUUCAGCAAUGCAAGUAGCAGCUAUUGAAAAGCACUUGAACAGGUCAGCUUUUAAGUUGUGCUAGUAACAAAUAUUUAAAGGAACAAUGGAAUUUUUUUCAAAGUA